GGAGCGUCUGCGGCUCACAAAGAGAGCAUCAUGGAUGGGGAGCGACUGGGAAACUCGGGUCACAAGGCGAGCGGGAACGUCACCCGGCUCCUGGCGGCGGGACUGGCCGUGUCCCUCUGUCUGUCCCUGGGGCUGCUGCUGGCCCUCAUCCUGAUGUCCCAAAGCUCAAAGGAAGAAGACUACUGCAUGACCCGAGAGUGCAUCGAAGCAGCGGGAUCGAUCAUCAGUAAGAUGGACCAGUCGGUCUCCCCGUGUGACGAUUUCUACCAGUACGCGUGUGGGGGGUGGCUGAGGGAGAACCCCAUCCCGGAAGAUUCCUCCAGCUAUGGCAUCUACCCCUGGCUGAGGCAGAACGUCGACCUCAAGCUCAAAGAGCUGCUGGAGAGUCCCAUAGUUCCCGAGGACAUCGAGGCAGUGGUGAAGGCCAAGGUGCUGUACCGCUCCUGCAUGAAUGAGACCGCGCUGGAACUGGAGGAUGCCAAGCCUCUGCUGAAGGUUCUGAAGCAGAAGGAGCUGCACUGGCCGGUUCUGGAGGACUCGCUGGGCCCGGCCUGGCAGUGGGAGGAGAAGAGCUUCGACCUGCUGCAGUCCAUAGCGCAGAUCCGCAACCUGUUCAGCAGGUCCGUUCUGGUACGGCUGUACAUCUCCCCCGACGACAAGAACUCCAACCAGUACAUCAUCAAGUUGGACCAGGCAUCCCUGUCCUUAUCUUCCAGAGAGGAUUACAUCACUAAAACCCCUGAGGCACAGAUGUACCGUGAGGCCCUGCUCAGUCUGAUGGUGGAUGUGGCGGUCAUGCUGGGAGCCAAUCAGCAGACUGCACAAGCCCAGAUGAAGGAGGCUUUUGCCUUUGAGGUUCAGUUGGCAGAGAUCCUGAUCCCCUUUGAAAACCGCACCAGUGAGAGCAUGUACAACAAGUACAGCCUGUCCCGCCUGCAGAAGACUGUACCAGAGUUUGAUUGGCUGGAGUUUGUGAAGGCAGUGGUGGACACCUCUCUGUACCCAGAGCUGAAAUCCAUCUCUUCAUCAGAGCAGGUCAUCGUUCGCGCACCCAAGUACUUCAAAGACCUCUUCAAGCUGCUUGGCAGAAAGGACAAAAGGACAGUGGCGAACUAUGUGGUCUGGCGGGCAGUCUUCUCACGAAUCGCCACUCUGAGCCGGCGUUUCCUCUACAGAUAUCUGGACUUCACCCGGGUUACCACGGGAGCGACCUCGUUGACCCCGCGCUGGGAUAAGUGUGUAAACUACGUGGAGAACUCCCUCAUCUACGCCGCGGGACGGAUGUUCGUCGAUCGCCACUUCCAGGAGGACAAGAAACUAAUGAUGGAGGAGCUGAUUGAGGGGAUCCGCUGGGCUUUCAUAGACAUGCUGAAGAAGGAGAAUGACUGGAUGGACGAGGCCACCAAAGCGAAGGCCAAAGAGAAGGCUCACUCUGUCCUGGCAAAGGUGGGCUAUCCAGAGUUCAUCCUCAAUGACACCUACAUUAAUCAGGACAUAAAGAGGCUGUCCUUCUCAGAGCUGGAUUACUUUGGGAACGUGAUGCAGACGCUCCGGUUCUUUGCGCAGUCUGACAUCGCCUGGCUGCGCAAGACAGUCCCUCGCACCGAAUGGUUUACCAACCCCACCACUGUUAACGCCUUCUACAGCUCCUCCACCAAUCAAAUCCGGUUCCCAGCUGGGGAGCUUCAAAAGCCCUUUUUCUGGGGCCAGAACUACCCAAGGUCACUAAGUUAUGGAGCCAUAGGUGUCAUUGUUGGGCAUGAGCUUACCCACGGCUUUGACAAUAAUGGGCGAAAGUAUGACAAGAACGGGAACAUGGACCAAUGGUGGACCAACGCCUCAAUCUCCCGCUUCACCGAUAAGACCGCGUGCAUGAUCAACCAAUACAACGGCUACCACUGGGAGGAGGCGGGGCUUAACGUGAGGGGGAAGAGGACUCUGGCGGAGAACAUCGCGGAUAACGGAGGAAUGCGAGAAGCUUUUAGGGCCUACAGGAGGUGGGUUGAGAAAGAGAGAUCAGGGAAAGAGGAGCCUCUCCUACCAGGAAUCGGCCUCUCCAACAAUCAGCUCUUCUUCCUCAGCUACGCACAUGUGCGCUGUAACUCCUACAGGUCUGCAGCCGCACGAGAACAGAUUCAGAGUGGGGCUCACAGUCCUCCCAAAUACAGGGUGGUCGGGGCCAUGAGUAACUUUGAGGAGUUCCGGAAAGCCUACAACUGCCCUGAGUCGUCCAUCAUGAACCGAGGGGCGGAGUCCUGCCGGGUGUGGUAGGGGGGGUGGUCGACCGGGACGAGCGCAGGGUAAUGGUCCCAAUCUUCGGUCACUGGGACUCACUCAGCGGUUAAUCUGGAGCACGCUGACCGACCGCUCGCGCUCCACCUGCGGUCCAGCGCACCCGUGACCGAAACUCACAGGACAGACACGAUGCUGGGACCCCAACGGGACCAGAGGGAGGCGACGGGGUGUCGGGUUUCACUCUGCCUCCUCCCCAGAACUCCACAAGCCUGGCUGUGAUCCAUGCGCGUGUGUCUGGUGAAAAC